AUGCCUCAUAUGCAACACAUUGAUGAGCUUAUACGAGAAUAUUUGUUAUUCCGAGGUUUUACCAAUGCAUUAAAAUGGUUUGAUUUUGAUGUAAAACUUGACAAAGAUAAAGGAUUUAGAGUAAGUGUUAUUAUUAUAUUUAUGUAUUUGAUUAUAUUUAAAAUAAGGUAGUGGUCUAAUAUAUUGUGAUCUAAUAUAAUUUACUAAAAUGUAAAAAUGAAUUGAAUGUUAAUAAACAUACAUUAAUACAUAAUAUUAAAGUCUCUUCAAAAUGUAUAGUUUAAAAUAUAAAUAAUACUAAUUUCGCUCAUUAUAGGUCGAUAAAUUAGUUGAUCAAAUACUGCAGUUAGUAUAUUCCUAUGAUUUGUCUACAAUUAAAGAACUCUGGUCACAUUUUGAAAACAAAUUAUUUUCUAAAUUAGAUCAAGACAUAUCUUAUGGUUUGUUAUAUACCUAAAAUACAAUUAAUUAAUCAAAUUUACAAUGAAAAAAAUUGAUUUUAGCUGUUAAAAAAUUGGAAAAUAGUUUAUUCAAAUUUUACCUUAUUCACGCAUUAACCAAUAAUCGUUCAGACAAAGUAAAUGAGUUCUUAACAAAAAUGACAAAUGAUUUACAAAUGCAAAAUGAAUGGAAGGAUUGGUUUAGUAAGAUAACAUUAUUUAAAAUUUAUAUUAAUGACUUUAUUUUAAUUAUUUUAUUUUUUAAGUGUUGCCAUAUUUAAAAAAUAUUGAAGAUAACCCAUUGUUUGCUAUUUACUUUACCAAACAAUGGCAAGAUUCAUUUUUCAUAUCCCUACAUAAUUUUCUAUCAAUUGUUUAUCAAGUAAGUUCAUCAUUUUUAUCAUAUUACCUUUAUUUAUUAGUUGUUAUUUUAAAUGUUUAGAGUUAUUUUAAUUAACUUUUCUAUUGCUUAAAACAGUUACAUAAUAUUGAAAUUUCAUGAAUAUUUCUUAUUCAUUGGUUAAAUGUUUAAUUGUUGUACUUAAAUAUCAUAAUAAAUUAUAGACAUGAACCUACUUUACUUAUGAUAUAUGAAGUAUAAUAUUAAAUUAUAUAUAUUAAAACUAUUUACAAAUUUAUAAAUAAUUGUAUAAUAUUUAAAUAUUCAAUAAUCAACUAAGUAUUUUAAACUAUUAAACUAUUUGGUUUUUGAGUAAACAAAAUCAUAUUUUUUUUUCAGUUGUUUUUACUCAUAGUAGUAAUAUCAUGCAAUUUUAGAACAAUUUAUGUCAUAUGUUAAUAUAUAAUAUAAUAUUAUUAAUUUAUUAAAUAAGGUUUUAUCAAGUUUAUGACAAAAUGCACCCAUUUUAUAAUUUUAUUUAUUCUAGCUAACUAUAACUUAAUUUGAAAAAAUGUUAACUAUCACAUAACUUAACAUUUUUGAUAGAGGAAACUUUACUCUAUUCAUUAUAUUUAUGUACAAAAUAUAUCUUAAAAAUAUAAAAUUUUGAAAAUAUAAAUAGUGAAUUAGACAGAAUAAUAGAACAGAGAAUGAGUGUAGCAGAUGAAAAUACUAUAAGUGGAAUGAUUAGAGAAGAUAGGAUAAGGGAUAAUAAUGUAAAAGAAACCGUAAAUGUGGCUUCGAUUGUAGACAAAAUGAAAAAAAAAAAACACUAUUUUGUUCAUAUCACCAAGAGAGAGAAAUUAGAAGCUGUGAAAAUUGUAAUGAACAUAAACGUAGAAGGAAAGCGAGGGAAGGGGUAGACCAAAAAGAAGAUGGUUGGAUGCAAUUGAGAAUGAUUCAAGGACGGUUGGUGUAUGUGAGAAGAUGUUGGGGAUUGGGUCAAGUGGUAGUUUAAAACAAGGGUGGCCGACCUUAAAUUAUUGGUAUGAAGUCAAAGGAGAAGAAGAUUCAUUAUUAGUAUAGUAUUAGUAUUAUUUACUCUUAUUAUGCAAAUAUUAUUUAUUUUGAAUACACAAUUAAUAAUAAUUAGUUGUUUUUUAUUUAUUUAGAUUAUUCCACGUCCUAGUUUAUGUAAUUACGAAGAUGACGCAAACAAAAUCCGGAGACUUCAAGAUGAAAUUGAUACCCUUAAACAAAAACUUACUGACGGAGUUACUCAACCAAAAUAUAACACAGUCAGUGGAUCAUUCCAGACUCCACCUCUAGAUAUUAUUGAUGAUUUCUACACAGUUUCUCAGUAAUAAAAUUGUAUAUUUAGUUAAUAAUAUUUAAUUUAUUAAAAUAUUAUGUGAUUUUCAGGGAAACAAUAAAAAAUACUAACACUGAUGCAUCUAUAAAAUCCUUGAGAUCACUAAUUAGAACUAUUGGAGGAUUGCCUACUAGUCCUAUACUUGGUAAACAAGUGAAUACAAAACGUAUAUAUCAACCCAAUCCCACUACAGGUAAUUUAAUUAAAAUUUCAUUUACUUAUUAAGUAUUAUUAAUCAUAUUUUGUGUUUUAUUAAAGAAUAAUUAAUUUAAUUUCAGAUAUGGUUUACAAGAAACACGUUGCUACUAAUUCAAAACUCAGUACAAGUUUAUCAACUUCUCCUUCGUCUUACCUUAUGAUAAAACCUGGAAGUACAGGGUGAGAAUAUUUAAUUUUCUAAACAAAUUAAUAUAGGCUCAUUAUAAAUAAAAACCAAUUAUAGGAAUAUAAUAUUUAAAUUUUAGAACAGUAAGAUUAGCUUUAAUUACUAGCUAAUAUUAAAAUUAUAAAUUUAUUAGUGAAGGUAGCCGUAGAACAGUAUCAAAACGAUCAAUAUCUUUAGAACGUGAUUCCACCCGAAGUAGAGGUCCUCGAGAUGCGAGUUUAGAUAAUUUAGACAAAAGACAACAUAAAGUUCCUCCUUUUCUCUUGCUUAGCCAGGUUAAAUAUUAUAAGUAAUUUUAUGAAUGAUUAUUUAUACACUUUAAAAAAUAAUUAAAUUAUUACUAGGAAUCCUUUAAUGAACAUAAGACAAAGAUUACUCAAUGCUGGUUCAACUUGUCUGGUUCACUUAUAGCAAGUACAGAUACUGAUGGGUUUUUGAAGAUUUGGUCAGCUGCUCCAUCACCUAAGUACUUUAACAUGAAUAAAAUAAUAUUUAGUUUUGAUUACUAUCAUUUUACUAAUUUCUGCUUUCUAGAGUGAUAGGAUCAACUAAUUUGAAAAAAGUUGUAUAUAGUUUGGAUUGGUUCAAGACUAAUGAUCGUUAUGCAUUGCUGGGAUGUGACGAUUGUUCGAUAAUUUUAUAUGAUGCUAAAGAAAUGAAAAUUUCUUGGGAACUGAAUCCGUUUAAACAAUCAACAAAUUUAAAAAUACAAUGUGUUAAAUGUGGACCAUCCGAUUCUACAUUUGUUUGUUCUCUUGUUUCUAAAGAUAGCAAUAAACUACUUUUAUAUGAUAUCAAAACAAAAAAAAUUGAAGUAUAACCAUUGAUUCUACUAAUUAUUUUAAUUUACAAGAACUAUUCAAUAAAUAAUAAAUAAAAUAUAAUUCUAUAGAGACAACUUAUAUUGGGAAAUGAUGAUGUAGCUGUUACAUGUUGUGCUUAUAAUCAUAAUGGUCAACUAUUGUACGCGGGAUGUGCUGAUGGUUCAGUACGUACAGUUGACCUUAGACAUAGUGAAAUUGUUGAUCGUUGGACACCCCAUACUGAUCGCUUAAUGUGUCUUCAAUUGUCUCCUGAUCAUAAUGAUUGUUACACAUUGGGAGCAGAUAAUAAAGUAAUUUAAUUUCAUCAUUAAUGUUAUGUUAUUGUAUUUCCAUAGUAAAUACAAAUUUAUUUGGUCCUAAGAUUUGUCGUACUAGUAUGAAUGGUAAUAAACAGUCAUGUGUGUGGGAAGUAAAUGUUAAAAAAGAUAAUCCACUUCAACCCAAUGCAUACAUGAGUCAAGCAUUUACGUUAGAUCAGUCUGGUAGUUACAUGCUUCUCUGCUAUAGUCAAAAUAAUGGAGGAAAUAUAUUCAAGGUAAUAAAGUAUAGCUAUAUUUAUGGUAUGGAUAAGGUAUUGUUAAUACAUUAGUUUUGAUUAAUAUCAAUUGGAAUACUUUUACUAUUUGAAUAAUACAAAAAAAAUAAAACAAAAAACGUCCUAGGAUAAUUGUUACGGGUGCAGCCACUGUUAUAGGUAAUUUAAUGCAUACCUGUAAGCCACAAUAAACCAUUGCUUACGAAAAAAAAAAAAAGAUUCUGAAAGGAGUUCAGUUGAUAGUGAUGCUUUGUCAACUAUAUAAAUGUAAUUUUAUAGCAAAAUAAUUAAAUAGUCUAUAUAUUUUCUUUAAUAAUAUUUGUUUCAAGUUGUAUUGAUUUUCCCAUGUUUUUCACAUUUACUGGGAAAAUCGAAAAAUGACCUCUUUAAAGUACCUCCCUAUUAAAAUUUCCCUUUAGAAACAUUGCUAUUAUUAAAAUUUGGAGCAAAAUUGUUGGUAAAAAAAUUGUCCACAGAAAUUAAAAUCGUAAUUUAUAUUUAUUAUUUUUUCGUACAUUUCCUGUUUUUUUUUUUUGGUUUUUUGCAUUUGUUGAGAAAAUCGAGAAAUGACCUCCCAAGUACCUCCCCACACUGAUUUCCUUUCAGAAAAGGUGCUACAUGUAGAAAUCCGAGUAAGUCUUCUGAUAGAAAAAUUGCGCACAGUUAAAAAAAAAAAGGUAUCUUUGUAAAACUAUAAGCUUCUGCGCUUCACUCAUAGUCUAAAAUAAAUCACCUUUUAAGAUAAUUUUGAAAAUAAUUAAUAAAAAUUUGAGAAAACAAACAAUAUUUGACUUACAUUCAAAUUAUUUUAUUUUAACACUACUGAAUAUUAAAGUAGUACUGUUAUUCAAAAUAUUUAAUUAUAAUUUAAUAUAAUUAUUUAUUACUGCACAUUAACUAUUGUAGCAAGCUGGAUUAUAAAAUUAUCUCUAACAUAACUGAUUAAUGCUGAUACUUAAUUUAAAAAUAACAUUUUACAUUAAUCAUACAAAAGUUGAAAUGAAAAAUUCAGACAUGAACCAAUACCUUUAAAUACUUUUAUAAUAACGCAGUAUUUAGACAUUCAUUAUCCAUAAUGUUUAUAUAUGCAGUGUGUUUUGAGAAAAUAAUUUUUAUAUUAUGUAUAAUUUUUGAUAUAGAUAACAAGUACGGGAUUAAAUGUUGUUUUGUCACUGAAAGAACACCAAAGCAUUCCGAUUGUUUGUGAUUGGUCAUCUCUAAAUCAAUGUGGCACUUGUGUUACUGGUUCAGAUGAUGGUACAUUGUGUAUGUCUACACUUUUAACUCCGUAA